CUAUGUUCUAUACAGAUAGUUCAUGUAUGAUAAGGAAUGACUUUUUCUGCACGGUCUCAUAUCUCCAGUCCACAGUAAGGGACGCGCACCGGUUUUACAGUCCUGUAACAGCACAGCACAGUCCAAAAGUCACCAGAAAAAGUUAUAUGAAAGUGGUUCAUUAUGGCAGAAGAUAUGACAACUCCUUUGCUCUCAGACUCUGAAGCCCCAGCUGAUGCUGAUGCUCCAUCUGUAUGUCUAACCAGCCCAACGGUUGCCAUACUCGGUUCUGGAGACUUCUCUCGCUCACUGGCUGUGCGGCUGGUAGCUUCAGGUGUGCGAGUUGUGGUUGGGAGUCGCUGUGUAAAUCGCCUACCAUCAGGACUGUUCCCUGAAGCAGUGGAAUUGAGGAACCAGGAGGGAGCAGUAUCACAAGGAGUGUGUCUGGUGUUCAUGGCCUUGUUCCCUGAGCAUUACCACUCCUUGAUGGGGCUACGGUCUGCACUGGCAGGGAAGGUGCUUGUGGAUGUAAGUAACGCAGAAGAGAUAAAGAUCAAUGGGCUGUCCAAUGCGGAACGACUAGCUGAGCUGUUUCCAGACAGUAUAGUGGUCAAAGGUUUUAACACGAUUUCAACCUGGGAGCUGCAGACUGGGGCUCAUGAUGGAAGCAAACAGGUCCUGAUCUGCAGUAACAGUACAGAGGGAAAGAAGAAAGUUGUGCAGUUGUCUCGUCAGAUGGGGUUCCACCCGGUGGAUAUGGGUGGUUUGUCUUCUGCUCGAGAAAUUGAGGUAGCCCCAUUGCGGCUGUUCCCAUCUUGGAGUGGCCCGGUUGUUGUCACCUUCCUCCUUUUUCUCUUCUUCUACGGCUAUGGGUUCCUGCGGGGAAUUUUGCUACCAUUUCUUGCACAAGGACAAAACGCUUUCUACCGCCUCGCUGUUGACCUGGUGAACGAGAGUUUGCCAGCAGUAGCCUUAGUGACCCUGGCACUCGUAUACUUCCCAGGAUUGUUUGCUGCAUGGCUGCAGCUCUGGAGGGGCACCAAGUAUCGGCGUUUCCCAUCCUGGUUGGACAACUGGUUGCAGCGGAGGAAACAACUGGGCUUGUUGAGCUUCCUUUGUGCAGCAUUGCAUGGUGUCUAUAGUCUUUGCCGGCCACUGCGCAGAGUAACACUGCUCAGGCUUGUCAAUACUGCCUACAGACAGGUUAAAGCAGGUACAGAGGAGCCCUGGGAUGAGCUGGGUGUUUGGCGAUCUGAGUUGUACCUUUCUUGUGGAGUGUUGGGUCUGGGUGUCCUCUCUUUACUGGCCAUCACGUCCCUUCCCUCAGUGGGCAACAGUCUCAACUGGAGAGAGUUUACAUUUGUACAGUCAAGUUUAGGCUACAUUGCUCUGACUCUGUCCAUCAUGCACACACUCUUCUUUGGCUGGGAUUUUGCGUUCCACAUUGAAGCAUAUCCAUUCUACAUGCCGCCAAGCUACUUAUUGGCUGUAGUUCUACCCUGUAUCGUUCUGGUGUGCCGCUGCUUUCUUCUUCUACCAUGCAUCUUCACAAGAUUGACACGAAUUCGCCGAGGAUGGGAGAGUAAACGCUACUGUCCCGUCUUACAGCACCACCAUGUGGUGGCUAAUGGAAUACCAUAAAAGUCUGGGAAAGAAUACCAGAACACCUAUUUUUAAAAACAUGGUGUAAUUAAGGACUUAUAUAAAAUGAAGUGUUAAACGGAUAUACAUUUGGUAGUGAAGUGGUCAACACUUUAGAGAUGCAGGUCAAAAAAUCUCUCAAGUGGAAAGCAAGUGAACAACACAUUACAGCCAAGAUGCGCAUUGGCCAAGGGCUAAACACAAACUGAAACAGGUAAAGGAUUUUUUUUUAAAAGGUCAAAUUCUGACUAGUCUAAGAAGUUUCAUCUAAAAUGGGAACAAUAAUAAUAUGCUGAGACUGGCAUACUGGCAAAUCUGUCUCAUCUUUGUACAGCUAGUAAAAAAGUAAAAAGACAGAUAUGAUAAGGUAAAUUUUAUAGUCAAGUUGAGAAUUCUGAAUGGAUGUUAGUGUUACACAGACUACAGCUCUGCUCACAUGUACACAGUACCUCAGGACAUUCAGCUCUCUAUUUCUGCUCACUAGAAUAUAAAAUCCAUCAUCAGUGUUUUGUUCUGAUAUACGAGUCUUACAAAUAUGCAGAGACUCAAAACUCAGGGCUGUAUCACACAGCUUUUAGCUUAGUAAAAAGACUGAAAGACUUGUCAUUUGUACCAAGGUAUUGGAGCCUUCAAUAACUUCUGACUCAACUUUUGCAACUCUCUUUAUGCACUAAAAGGACUUAACAUGUGACUUAUAUUAUGUCAGUACCUCAGAUGAUUGUCCUCAGGGCCAGUUACUGUGUAAACUCAAUUUGCAAACUCCAUCUGUAACAGGAAGGCCAUCAUUAUACUGAGUACCAAUAAACUGCAUUACAUUUAUGUGUGCAAACUGUUAUAAAAAAAGCCUGUGUGAAAUUAUUAUCUGUAAUUAUGUAAACAGUUUCAAAGUAAUGUUUGGAUGUCUAGUUAUUUAUACAGACACACAAUAAAAAUUCUAAUUCAGAAUGGUUCAGUUGUACAGACUGCAUAUGCUGCU